GCGUUGAAUAUUUGAACCGAGCAGACGUACGUCGCGGACGCCCUGUGUUUAAAACGCGGUCUCUACGUACAGUGCAACCAUUUUGCCUACACACACAUACAUAUAUAUUUAACAGUGCAUAUGUAUGUGUGUUUGUGUACAAAAAAUUAAAGAAAAGAAAAAAAAAACCAGAGCAGCAAUAAUAAAUAUUUUUUUGCACUAGCUUGUGAAAAACUUUUCAAGUGUUUUUGUGUGUUGUGCAGCAACAACAACGACGACGACGCGCUAAAUUUUUUACGGCGCGUCGCCUGCUGUUUUGAGUGCGAGUGAGAGCGUGUGAGUGCGCUGACUGCUGUCUGUGUGAGUGUGAUUGUCUCUGUGUGUGUCUGUUUGUGUUUUGUGCCUAACAAUUUGCCGCUAAACACAAAAAGCAGCUGAAGCCAGAGGCAGAAGAAGAAGCAGUAGAAGACCAGCUGACGACGAAGACAAAAACACACACACAUAGCCAAAAAGUCAACGAUCGAUUUACGUCUGUGUGUGUGUUUGUGUGUGCAAAAGACGAAGCAGAACAGCAACAAACGAAGAAGAAAAAAACACGUGUCCUGCUCUAACAACAACAACAGUUACAGUUACAAUUUAAAGUGCGCGCAAUUUGUGAAAAGCAGUAGAAGAAAAAGAAAAACGAACAAAGAAAACAAAACACGCGAGAUAAUAUCGAACAAGAUAAAACAUGUCUUCAGUACCGCUGGCCAUCAAAACGGAGGAAGUCAUUUUGGAAAACGCCGAAUACAACAGCGCCGAGGAAUUGGAUGAAGAGUUACAAUUACAAUUAGAGGAUUCGGGUGGUGAGAAUACGUAUCACAUUGAAUACACGACGGAGCCGGCGCAUCAGGUGACGACGAGUUCGCAGCGUCGCCAAUCGAAUAUGAGCGCAUCGAAUACAACAAAAGAUGGUGGGGGAGGAGGCGGCGGCGAUAUGAUGAGCGGCGAGGGAGGACGGUGUUCGCCGAACAGCGGUAAACCGAUACUCGAUACGGAGAAACGUAUACGGCGCGAAAUAGCCAAUAGCAAUGAGAGACGACGUAUGCAGAGCAUCAAUGCCGGUUUUCAGAGUUUACGUUCGCUGUUGCCGCGACACGAAGGCGAAAAGUUGAGCAAGGCUGCCAUACUGCAACAGACGUUUCAAUAUAUAGUCGAUCUGGAGAACCAGAAGACACAGCUGCUGACCCAAAACAGCGAACUCAAGCGGCAGGUGGGCGAACAUGAGGCAAACGGAGGAGGAGGUGGUGGAGGCGCCUCCAAUGACAAUUACAACAACAGCAACAACGAAUCCUCCUCCAACAACAACAAUAAAAAUGGAAAUGCAGUUGCCAUUAAGAAGCGAAAAUUGACGGACAAUGUGAUUAUGCAAACGAUCAGCGACAGUUCCGACGAAGGAUUGGGUUCCAUGUCACCCGAACCGAUGACACUGCUCACUGGUGCUGGUGGGGCAGCUGCAGCAGCAGCCGUUGCAGCAGCCGGUGGCGCUGGUGGGGCAGCAGCAAAAUUGAAUAAUGCCAGCAUCAUUGCAGCCAAAGAGUUGCUAGAGAUGAAGAAGCAGCUGGAGAAGGAGCGCAGUUUGCGGCGCCUGCUCGAGGAUGAGUUGCAGAUGAUUAAGCGGCAGCUGUACAGUGUGGCAACUGCCCCGCCGCACACAGCAGUGGCAGCCGCAGCCACAGUGAAUAGCAACAACAGCAGCAAUAGUGGUGGUGGCACCUAUUCGAUACCACGCGAAGUUAUCGAACACACCGAUAACUUUGUGCGUGCCGAUGAAUUGGAGGAAUUGGGCGGCACCGUCUCCUACGUCGAAAUCGAUGAGAUGACGGGCCAGCAACAAGUUGUGGUCUGCUCCAGCAUCGAAGAGCUCGAAUCGGAUGCAGCCGCUGAGAUUAUCAGUGAGGAUCAGGUGCACGAGGAGGUCAUCCUCUCAUCGAACAGUUCAACGGAAUCGGAGAACGAGGUCAACGUGAAUGCGAUUGCCAAAGCGUAUGCCGAGGGCAUGAGCACGCCCAUCCUCCAGGCGGCCAUCAAGGCCACGCCUAAGGUCGAAGUGGAGCGCAUCAAUGAGAAGAUCGUCAAGGUGAAAACCGAGAAAUUGGAUCAGCCGACGACGACAACGGUGAUGGGUGCCACCGCGGUCUUUACACGCUCCCGCCAAAAUCUGGAAACAAUUGUGGAGGCCAUUCGGCAUCUAGAGGGAGAUCAUCUGUUUGCCGACGGCGACCAGCAGCACAAAUUGCAGCAUCACUAUCAACAGCAGCAGCAACAGCAGCAGCAUCAAUCACAGCAUCAAUCACAUCAUCAAUCACAGCAGCAUCAACAGCAUCAGCAGCAACAUCAACAGCAACAUCAACAACAGCAACACCACCAGCAGCAACAUCAACAGCACCAUCAGCAACAUCAGCAGCAGCAGCAGCAGCAGCAACAUCAACAGCAGCAACAUCAUCAGCUGAUCACGACGAGUCAUCGCCUGGCGCAGGACGCGCCUCUGGCUCUGACCACAACGGGUAAACAGCAUACAGCGCUCGCUGAGCUGCGACCAUUUCUGCAGCUGAAGACUGGCGGCAACAAGCAGGUCAUUAUUACAACCAAAUCGGCCAAGGAUGUGGUAACACCCACAGCCAUUUUUAAGGUACAGACGAGCAGCGGCGGCAGCAGUGGGACGGUUGGCGGUGCAACGAUGACGUCACAUCAGCCGGUGACCAUAACGACGUCACUGAAACAGUGUCGUCCUGGCGUCAUUGUUGCCAAACAGCUGCCGUCAUCCUGAUUGCCUACCAUUAACAGCAUCAGUAGCAGCAACAUCAGCAUUAACAGCGCUCGCAAUAACAUAACAGCAACAGCUGCAGCAGCAGCAACUCCUACUCUACUAAAUAAGCGACACAGCUAUGUUAAGCAACAGCAGCAGCAGCAAUGCAUUAACCUUAACCGCUCUGUUAGGCGGCAUUGAGAGGCGCGCGCGCACUCUCUUGCGUCGAAAAAUGUAAACAAGCUGUGGCGCGCGCCCUCUGCUGUUGAAGGCGCGCAAGCAGCAGUGUUGACAACAAUGGGGCAAAUUGUAUAAAGUUUAGUCAAGAAUUUUGUGCAGUUAAACAAAAAGAAAAAAUAUUACUAAUUUUUCUAAUUAACUACAUGUUUUUAUAUUUUUCAUUUGCAAAAAAAAAAAGAAAUUAAAAUAAAUAGAAAAACUCACAUAGCCACUGUAAUUAAAAGCAGCAAACAACAAUUUUGUUCAAUUAUUGUUUAAGUAAAUGUGAGAAAAACAACAAACAACAACAACAGGCAGUAACAACAACAAAACAGAGUACAAAAAACAAAAUAGACAUAAAAUUUUAUGAUUUUCUGUUUAUUACAAAAAACACACAUAAAAAAAAAAACAAAAUAAA